CAACUCGCUGUGCCAGGCUGGGCUAGACCGUCGCGCUCUCGGGGCGGAAGGGGCAGUUGUGGUCCCGACCCUCCGUGCUAGUGGGCUCGCAGCAGGCCGCACCGGGCGGGAACCCCACUUCCAUCCUGGAGGUCCCCUGCCCUUUCUCCCUCUUUUCGCCCGGCCCAUGGUGCGAGUCUUGGAGCGGCCGCCCGGGCCGGACCCCGCUGUCUCUGAAGGGCACAAAUCAGAAAGCACCAUGCCUCCUAACAAAGAGGCCAGCAGUCUUAACACCUCCCAUGCGGGGCUCAUCUGUCUCCCUCCAAUCUCCGAGGACCUCCAGCUUGUGUGGACUCAAGCAGCCCAGACCAGUGAGCUGGAUGGCAAUGAACACCUGCUACAAACCUUCAGCUACUUCCCCUAUCCCAGUCUAGCAGACAUUGCCCUUCUCUGCCUACGCUAUGGGCUGCAGAUGGAGAAAGUCAAGACUUGGUUCAUGGCCCAACGCCUCCGCUGUGGCAUCAGCUGGUCAUCUGAAGAAAUAGAAGAGACGCGAGCACGAGUGGUUUAUCACAGGGACCAACUUCAUUUCAAAUCCCUUCUCUCUUUUACUCAUCAUGCAGGGCGGCCCCCAGAGGAGGUGCCUUCUCCAGUGCCACCUCCAGAACAAGUUAGUCUUGGAAUAGUGCCCCUGACUCUUAGUGAGCCUACCCAGACGAAAGGAUUAAAGGCAGAGCCUGAGGACCCCUCAGAGCCACUGAGUCACCAGAAAGCAAAGGAGCCCCUGGUUGCACCUGGCAGUAGAGCACUCUCUCACCAGUCAGAAUUUUGGCAGGAUCUUCAAAGCAGUGGCCUCCCUAAGGAUCAGACAGGCAGGGCUCCUGACCAGUCUCAUGGCCUUGGUCCUGCUUCCUGGAACCACUCCACAGCUGUCCACCAGCCACAUGCUCCAGAUAAGCCCCCACCAACCUCAUUAUCUGCCAGUAGUUGUAAGCAGGGGUCAGCGUCUAAUGUGACUCCUCCUUCUUCUACCUCUUCCUCUUUCCAGGUACAAGCUAAUGGAACUACCGCCACCUCUACACCCCUCCAGCCGCUGGGCCGUCUCCCACAGCCACUGUCACCCAGUGAACAGGCUCUGCCGCCACAUGUGGAGCCAGCCUGGCCCCAGAGGCUAAGGCCUAACUCAGUACUAGAUAGGGUUGGCCCUGCCGAGUACCUUUCCCCAGAUACCCAACGCCAGCGAAAGACCAAGCGCAAAACCAAAGAGCAGUUGGCUAUCCUCAAAUCGUUUUUUUUACAGUGUCAAUGGGCACGCCGUGAGGAUUACCAUAAAUUAGAACAGAUCACUGGUUUACCUCGGCCUGAGAUUAUUCAGUGGUUUGGUGACACACGCUAUGCCUUGAAGCAUGGGCAACUAAAAUGGUUUCGGGAUAACGCAGUGCCCAGUGCCCCUAGUUUCCAGGACCCAGCAGUUCCCACACCAUCGCCUUCAACUCGCUCCUUGAAUGAAUGGGCUGACACACCACCUCUGCCAAUGCCCCCACCUCCACCAGAUAUACGGCCCUUGGAGAGGUACUGGGCAGCCCACCAACAGCUACGGGAAAGUGAUAUCCCUCAACUGAGUCAGGAGUCAAGGCUUAGCACCCAGCAAGUACUGGAUUGGUUUGAUUCUCGAUUACCUGAGCCAGCUGAGGUGGUGGUUUGUCUGGAUGAAGAGGAGGAAGAGGAGGAAGAAGAAGUACCAGAAGAUGAGGAUGAAGAGGAGGAGGAAGAGGAUGACAGCGAUGAUGAUGUGAUUAUACAGGACUGAAUGGAGGGCUAUAGAAGGGCAGUUUGUUACUAAAAUAGAACCAACUUAGUAACUGUUUAAACAAAGAAACCACAUUUUUAAAGUUACCUUGUAGCAAAGAACUGAAAAGCUUUGUGUUCUUGAGGUUGGGGGAAACCUGGAUGUUAUGAGGGUGGACCAGGGAGGAUGAGCGUAAGGCACAAAUGUGGGGGUUCAGUGGGCAAAAAUCCAGACCUCUGGCCUCAGUGAAGACAGUGCUAAGGAUCUGGCCCAGACUAUGGGCUGGGUAAAGGCUCUUGCUCUCAUCUGCUGUUUUUUUCCCUUAGUAGACUACAGAGAGGCCAGACCUUAGUUCCCUGUAUAUAGGAGGACUGGAAAAGAGGAGUGAAAAUUUGAAUUGAUUCCAAUGCACCCCCUAGUCCCGCUGUUUUUCUUGGAGUACAAGGCUGCCUUGCACCUGUCCUUUUCUCUCUGAGCACAACUCCAAGCGUAAUGCAGCUGAAAUCUCAGUAUGUCCCAGUCUCACAAAUAUUUCAGCUCUUUUACCUGCUUCAUUGUUGAAUCACACAGGAAGCAGAAUGUUUUCAUUUCUGAUACUGGGACCACUUUGCCUUGUACCUUUUUAUCUCUUUCUAAAAUCCUCAUUCUCUUCAUUAUGUCUCAGGGUAAAUCUUCCCCAUGGAGCUUGUGAAAAAAAAAAUAACUGGGUGGAGAAUAAUUUAGACUGGAUAUUUAUUGAAGACGGGAAUUAGGGGAGAUGUCCUUUUAAAAAAAAGUAGAGUUAGGCUACAGAGAUAUAGAGGAGAGGGAAUGGCCUCUGCUGCUCAGAGGACUGCGGGCAGGUUGCAGGUUUGGUUUUACAAGCCUGACACUCCCUCCUGCCUGACUUGACAGGGACUGAUUUUUUGUUGUUUUGAUGUUGGUUCAAUUUGUAUACAGAAAGAGACUUUCCCUCUCUUUAUAGGAGCUGCCUUGGGGACAGGAGGACCAUGGUCUUCAACAGAAUUGAGUGCUGUUCAAGAAUGUUUUUUAUCAGUUGGGGUCAGAUAUAAUGAUAGCAGUGGGUUAACCAUAUAGAAGUAAGAGUGGAAGCCCCAAAUUGCUAGAACAAUAAAAAGGCCAAAAAUAAAAUUGUUUCUCUCUCCA